UCCAGGAGUUUAACAAAGAAUCGACCCGACAUGCAAUGAACCUACGAUCUAUUCCAGAAACAGUCGAGUGGCUUCGUCGCAUUGGGUACCAGCCAUCGGAUCUCAAUCGCCUGAAUCCUGUUCAUGUGGCCGGCACAAAGGGCAAAGGCUCGACCUCUAGCUUUAUUUCCUCUAUCCUUUAUCAAUAUACCGCAUCUCAGUCCCCGGAGCUAGAUAAGUCGCUACCCAGGCUCAACAAGGUUGGCCUGUUCACUUCUCCCCAUUUACGGUUCGCUCGCGAGCGGAUUAUGAUCGACAAUGAACCGCUCACUGAGGAUCAAUUCGCCCGUUACUUCUUCGAGGUAUGGGAUCGUCUCAAUGAGGCUGCUCGGGUCGCUGGGGAAGACCCAAGCAACUUAGAAACGAAGCCACAAUACUUCCGAUACCUAACCCUUAUGGCCUUUCAUGCAUACUUGAGUGAGGGUGUUGAUGCUGCGGUCAUCGAGUGCGGCAUCGGUGGAGAAUACGACUGCACAAAUGUAAUCGAACAACCCGCGGUAACCGCGAUUACAAGUCUGGGGGUCGAUCACACAGCUCUCCUUGGAAAUACGGUGGAGGAGAUCGCCUGGCAUAAAGGGGGUAUCAUGAAGCCUGGUGCUAAAACGUUUAGUGUGCCCCAACCGGGUGGUGCUGAGAAAGUUCUACACGACCGCGCCGCCGAAAGAGGCACCGAGCUAACAAUCGUGGCGCGCCAUCCCACAUUAAGCAGCAGUGGCAAUGUGAAGCUUGGCCUCGCGGGAGAUUUCCAGUAUGAAAAUGCCGCUCUGGCUGUCGCGACGGCGGGAGAAUUCCUGAGGAAGGUCGGAAUACAGGAGUUCGGCCCCCAUUUCCUGGAUCAGGCUUUACCCGCUGAAAUCCGCCGAGGAUUGGAGUUGGCACGCCUGGGAGGGAGAUGUGAGACCAGGCAUGAGAAAUCCGUCAGCUGGUACAUUGACGGUGGCCACACUCAGGAGAGUAUCAAACUGGCCGCUCACUGGUUCGGCUCGCAAGUCCUGGCCAAUUCUUCAUCACAGCCUUCCAGCAACAAGAAAAUUCGAGUUCUGAUUUUCAACCAACAGACUCGCGAUAGCAAUGCUCUCGCUCAGUCGUUGUAUGAGACGUUAACAGCCUCUCUGGGGUCCGAGCAACCGUUUACCCAUGCAAUUUUCUGCACGAAUGUCACGUAUAAGGACGCAGGCUACCGACCCGACCUAGUGAGCAUCAACGCAGACUCUGUCGCCGUGGAAAAGCUGCAGGUCCAAAAUGGGCUUGCGCAGAAGUGGCACACCCUCGAUCCUUCAACAGAGGUUAAGGUCUACGGCACAAUUGAAGAAGCCGUCGAUUUUACGCGAGAGCUGGGCCGGAAGGAGAGCGCUCACGCCAGUGGCAAUGAAACCCCCGUCAUGGCCUUUGUUACGGGAAGUCUACAUCUUGUUGGCGGAUUCCUCGACGUCAUUGAGACAAAGCCAGAUUCACAGUCCUAGUCACUUCGACGACAGGUCCACACCACCUAUACAUAUACAUAUCGAUAUAUACCUCAGAUGAGGAUUCAACAUGGAGAAUGCCCCUCUUAUAGAUACCCACCAGGGACAAUAAUUAACCCUGGACUAAUUUAACACUUGGGCCAUUCGAAAACGAGGCGGCGUUCGCGGGAUUCAAC